AUGGCAGGGGACGGACAGUCUAACUACGACGCUGUUCCAGUCGAGGAGCAAGCAACAUACCAGGAUUCACCGUCGAGACCCUCGUCCCUACAAUACGAGGAAUCCACAGUCGACCACCCAGAGGACACUGAAGCGGACCCUAAAGGGCCUCGCUUGCAGCCUCUCGAGACCUCAUUGCUGUACAGGCUUCUACGUCUAGUGUUUGACAUAAUUGUUGCCUCUAUCAGCCUAUUAUUUGUCAUUCUCGGUGUCUGGGCUUACAAGAUCGACGGAAAUCUUGCCGGCCCAGACUCCACGGGUUCCAAGCUCGUGAAAGUCGCACAAUACGCACCUACCAUCUUCCCGGUACUCUUCGCCGCCAUUGUCGGCGGCAGCAUGAAGAGCAUCCCCUCCUGGUGCAUUCAGACUCAUCGGGGAGCAACGGUCGGACUGUUGCAGCGAUGUCUCGGGAGUCAGAGUAUCUCGGGCGCGGUGCUCACACAGAUACAGCUAGGCUUGUUUGAUUUCGGCGCUAUAAUGAUGGUUUUGUUGUGGUCUUUAUCGCCAUUGGGUAGCCAGGCCUCUCUCAGAGUCAUUUCUAUUGUGGCAAGGGAUUCAAGUAAUCUGCGGAACCUGACCACCAUAAACACCUUCAUUGGUUAUCAAUACGGCAAUGCCGAAGGUAUAGCAGAAGCCCAGCGCACUGUGGUAUACCCCACCGUUGCGGCCAUUAUGGCGGCUUCACUCUUGGAAAAGCGCAACCAAGAUCUUUGGGGCAACGUGCGCUUUCCUAUGCUGGAAAAUGAGCAGAGUCUGAUCGACACGACCGGUCACGAAUGGACGGCCAUGCCCGAGGGAAAUAAUCUGACAUAUGCAUCACUGGUCGGCACCCCCGUGGGCAAUCUCGCGGAUGCAGGAAACACCUCCUUCACCCUCCCAGGUUCAUACCUGUAUAUCAACUGCUCGAAGUUCGGAAAAUCCAACCAGACUGGCUUCACCAACUACACCUCCUCGAGUUCGCCACUUCCCGAGACUGGUGUUGACUGUACCUGGGCAAGCAUGCGCGGCGGCACCCAAUACCAAAUCGCCAUCUCCCAACCGUGCUCAAAUUUCCGGCUGCUGCCCGAGGCGAACACCACCCGGCCUUCCCGCCAGCUUCAAUUUGAGUCGCGGGUACAGGCGACUUCCAUGGCAGAGUGGACGCGCGCUGAGUGCGAUCUGACCACAACAUACAUUGACGCCAACGUGACCUGCACGGCCAGCGCCUCGGGCAGUUCCUCUGCCAGUACCUGCCAGGUUUCGUCGGUCCGCGCCUCGCCUGAACCCCCCUACGAUCGCAACUGGACCGUCUUCGAUCUCAACGAGCCGUUCAGCAGCCAGCCUGUCCUAUCUUUACUCUCAACAUUCUUCCCUAACGCCCAGGUCGCCGGCGGCGACCAGCCCAUCCUCGCCUAUCUGGAAGACCCCUACCACGCGGUGGUGAACCCUGGCUCCCUACAGGGCACGUAUACGGCCGGCAAAAAAGCGUUCGAGACGCGGCUGGCUCAGAUCCUCAAUUCUGUGCUAUACAUCGGUAUCAACCCGUCCGCGUUUACGGGGUCCUUCGCAGAAGAGGAGGCGUUAGCGGCGAAGGUGGUGCAGGAAAACACGGUCAUCCCGAUGUCUCAACCCGUGCCAGGGGCAUCCACGACCCUCGUGCACGAGGUGGUCCAGUGCAGCCGGAGCUGGCUCGGCGUGCUGCUGGCUGCGUCGCUGGCGCUCUUCCUCUGCGCCAUCGCCGGCGCCAUCCUGCGUUUUUGCACCCUCGCGCCCGACGUACUGGGGUCAAUCGCCGUGGCCUUCUUGCGCAAUCGCAUCCCCGAUCUCGCUGGGUCCUCAACGUGGUCGGCGGAUGAGUGGGUGCGGCAUACCCGCGACACGCGAUUGUACUUGGGAGAUGUGGAGGCCGAGGCCGAGGCAGGCUGCAUUGCUUUGGCGACCUCGCCAGAGGAUGUGCAGGUCCCCCUAGUAAAGAACAGACUUUACAUGUAA